AUGAGCUCCCCCAAUCCUGGGCAUUCCAGGGACGAAAUGGAUACAGAUUCGUCAUUUGCGGACGUACUUUUGACACCUCAGAGAAUGAAUUGCAUUGUGGAAGAAGAUCCGAGCAAAGAAGAAUCGAAAGAGACGCUUAGAGCUUUGGAAAUUGGUGGGAUAAAUACUCCUCAGCGACCGCUUUCUCUUUAUUCCGUUGCUGACGGAAAUAACUCUAGCAAUAGUCUCAUUGCAAAUCCGUCUUUUAGUUUCGGAGGAAACAACGGCAUGCUACAAGAAGGUAUCACACUCGGUGGUAGCAAACGCAAUUCACUCAAAUAUGUACCUGGGCCCAAACUUCCGCCUUCUUCGGGUAGAUCAAAAUCACCGAUAAGACACAAUCGAUCGCCUUCUCCAGAUAGAUCCAAAAGACGCUCAUCUCUUGUAGUUGAGAAACCUUUCAAUUUUUCAUCGUCUACACUGCAACUUCCGAAAUCCGGUGGCUCUGCUUCAAGAACAUCAUUUCGUAAAGGUCACAGAUACAAACAUUCUUCCGUAUCCAUGAAUUUUUUUCAAGAACCUGAAGUUAAAAUCCCAUUGAGCAUUGCUAAAUCGCUACCAAUCCCCGAUUUUGCAGACCUAAGAUCUAAUAUACCAUGGCCCACUGGUUACGUCAAGCUCGCCUUGAUCCUUUUGCAAACUACGACAUGCAUUAUAACCUUUCAUCUGGGUCAUUCGAAGUCCUGGAACAAUUUCAUCACAUUGUCGCAUUUAAUCCUGUACGAUGUCAUAGGAUCCCUUGCAAUAGUUUUUGUGGAGAACUUGUCACAAUUUCAGGUUUGGAAUACGGGUACGGUGAAGCUCCCGUUCGGAUUGAAUCGCAUGGAUCUCCUGCUAAGUUUCGCACUUGCCAUAUCACUCUGCUUCAUGGGAUUGGACUUAUUUUUCCAUAUUCUAGAGGAGACGAUAGCUCUUUUCGUGGAAUCUUCCAAUCAUGAUCAUCACGAUGAAAUCGCUCCAAAGAUUCCACAUUCACACCAUUCAUCCUUACUGCUUCAAACAACCAAAGAUUCUCAGCUUUGGUACGGUAUCUUGAUAUGCAAUCUGGCAUUGUCUCUAUUUACAUUGUUCAAGAUUUUCCAGUCCAACUCACAUGCUCGGUAUAAGACCAAGAAUCCGCUGAUUACAAGCACUUACAUUUUGUAUCUGGUGCUACUACCAGUGAUAUCCAAAUUCACAAGUUUAUCGGAUUACGUUGCCACCGGUUUAUUGUCUUUGCUCAUUAUGACUUAUGGUUGGAGAAUCGCAAAAUGGACAUCAACUGUCUUAUUGAUAGGAUUUUCCACGGUUUCUUUGAAUGGCCUGAUGUUAGACAAUAGUGAGCAUGGCGCAGAUACUGCACCUGCAGACAGCGGUUCGGGCACGCUUCCGAAGUCCAAAAAGGACACCUCGAAAUCAACUGGAAGUGGAACGAACAUAACCUGUGAUCCCGCUGUGGUGAAAAACAAACUCAAAGAAGCAAUCGAAGAGCUUGCUGCUUUUCGUGCCAAUUGUCGGCUUUCUCAUGAUAAUUUGACUAUCUUCAAGAUCAAUUUUGAGCAAUACGUGGUUCUCCUGAAGAUUGACAUGUCUGGUGGGUCUAAUGAUGAUGAACUUAAUUUGAGAGUUUCGGUGGAUAAAUGCAUUCGACAGAUGUUGACGCCUGUUGAAACCACAAUUGAUAUAGAUAGACUAUGA